AUGUAAAUUUGGAAAUUAUUAAACUAGAAAAUCUUAUUUUAGUAUGCUCGACAAAUUAAACCUCGUAUUCCAAUAUAAAUUGAUGAAUUAAAUAGACAAUUUGAAUAACAAAAAUCAACUAUUAGAGAACAAGCAGAAAAAUAGAUUAGACAUGCUCAUUCAAUUGCAGAAUUAAUUAGUUUGAAUAAUGACGUAAGUUAAUAUGUUGAUGUUACAGAACCUAUACUCAAACGUCUAUCGAAACUUAAAAUAACUUCUGAUGAGUUUUCUUCAAAUUAAGAAUUUAUUGCAAAAUUAGUAAAUAACAAUACUAGUUAAUUAAUGUUCAAUUUACUCUAAUUUUAUGAAAAUGAUCGUAUUGAAAAGAUGGUACUUGAAGCAUAUAAAAAUAAAUAAUUAUCAAUAACUGAAGAAAACAAACUUAGAUUAUUAUAAAUCAUUGUUAAACAUGGAUCAAAAUAAGAUUUAGAAGAGUGGUCUUAAAAUUGGGAGUUUUAAUUAAAUGGCAAAAACAUUUCUAAAUUUUAUGAUAUAUUAGAUUCUCUUGAAGGUUAAUUACCUGAUAGAGAAAUAAUUGUCAAUAAAAUAGAAUAAUCAAUUUAUAAAUAUACUCAUUAAUAUGAAUAUCAUACCAUAUACAAAAUCUUAAAGUAUAGAUCUUUUAAUGAGAAAGUAUUAAAUGAAGAUUUACUCAUUGCUAUAUUAAGAAGGUUAUAUCAAUUAGAAUUAAGUUUAGAAUAACUAAUUAAUAUUAAUUAAUAUCUGACUGUUGAAUUAUAAUAUUUAGAUGCUUAAUGGCUUAAUUAAAUAAAUAAAUCAGUCAUGUAAUAAUUAUAUCCUAAUUAAUAAAUGAUUGAUCAAAUAGAUAAUAAUUUAAAUGAUUAAGAAGAAGAAAUAAUUUAGAAAAAUCAAGAAAAUAAUAAUACUUAAAAUAAUAAUAAUUCUGAAAUUAAGAAUGAAUUAAGUGAAGAUGAAUUAUUAAAAUUAGUUAAAGAUUUAGAAUUAAGAACAGAACCAUUUAAAAUUACAGAAAUGGAAAAACUAUUCUUAAAAUUAAUGGAUUAAUUUUCUAAAACAAUCAUAGUAAAUGAUCUUAAUUUAUUAGCUUUAUAAUUUUUUAAAGAAUUAGAUGUAUAUAUGAUGUAAUUCUUAAAUCAUUUAACAUCUGAUGAAUAAUUAAUAUGUUUUAAAUUUCAUGCUAAAUACAUUGAAACAAUAUACAAUGAAUAAUAAAAAGAUCCAAAAUAGUAUAAGAAAUCUAGUCAAAAGAAACUAGAAUAAAUGAAUAAUUCAUAUUAUGAAAUAACUCUUUAAUGUCUAAAAGAAUUAAAUUUUUAAUAAACUUUAACAUUUUUAGAAGCUGUUUCUGUUUUAGGAGUAAGUAAAAGAAAGGUUUGUUAAAGAAUUAUGAAUGUUGGAUUUCAAGGAUUAUAAAAAUUAGAAUAAUGCAAAUUGGAAAAUCAUCAAAAAAAUUAUGCUUUAUUUGCUUAUUAUAAAUUAUUGCAAUUAUUCAUUACUUAAGAAUAUGAUAUUUUGUAUAAAUUAAUAAAUAUAAAUUAUUAGGUAAAUUGAAAAAUAAUUUUAAGAAAUUAAAAUCAAUACUUUAGAUCUUUAGACUGAAUAUUCUCAUCUAGGUAUUAAAAGACAAAAAAUCUAAGAAUUGGAAAAUAAAAAUAAGUAUAAUAAAGAUGAAUUAAUAAUUUGA